AUGUCGAUUCUCGUGGCCGUGGCCGCACAAGCGGCCGGCGACGGGGCCGCACUGCUGGCGUUCAAGGCCGCGGCGAUCGGCGGCGGCCACCACAACCACAACCGGCUGCUUCCUUUCGUGGAAGUGGAACAGCACCAGCGCUGGCGGCUUCUGCAGCUGGGAGGGGGUCAGCUCCAUGGCCGUAUUCCUGUUCAGCUCGGUCAGAAGCUCACAAACCUUCGUAAGCUCUCACUGAGAACGAACAGCUUCACGGGCGAUAUCCCAGUAUCACUAGACAACAUGUCGCUUCUAAACUAUCUUGAUCUAGGUACAAACCAGCUCGAGGGACCCAUACCACCUCAACUUGGCAGCAUGGGAGACCUACGCUUCCUUUAUCUCUUCGAGAACAACCUCUCAGGUCAGCUUCCAUCCUCUCUCUACAAUCUGUCCAUGCUGCAAGCUCUCGUCGUAGCUAACAACUCCUUGUCUGGAACCAUUCCUAGUAAUAUUGGCGAUAGGUUGCAUAACAUUGAAAAUCUGAACUUUGCUGUCAACCAGUUUCAUGGAACCAUCCCGCCUUCACUCUCCAACCUCUCUGCUAUUACAAACCUUCAGCUUUCGACAAAUAGUUUUGUUGGGCACGUUCCAUCUGCCUUUGGGAGACUGAAAGGUCUCGUUAUUCUGUACUUGGAAGGGAACAAGCUGGAAGCAAAUGACACGGAGGGGUGGGAAUUCAUCACUCAGCUAGCAAACUGCAGCCAGCUUCAGCAACUGACUCUUCUCAAUAACUCCUUCACUGGAAAACUUCCUAGCUCAAUCACAAACCUGUCGACAACCCUCCAGUAUCUUGAUUUAAGCGACAACAGGAUUUCUGGGUUUAUUCCAUCCAGUAUCGGUUAUUUGGUUGGUCUGCAAGUUCUUGUUAUGGCCAAUACUUCUAUAUCCGGAGUGAUUCCAGAGAGUAUUGGUCACCUACAAAACUUGGCCGUGUUAGGACUUUACAACACUAACUUGUCAGGCCUAGUACCUUUGUCAAUAGGAAAUCUUACGCAGUUAAACAUACUUCUUGUAUAUAAUCUUAAACUGGGCCAGAACUCGUUUGUGGGAAGCAUACCUCAAUCUCUAGAAAAUUUGAAGGGUCUUGCUCUACUGAACCUAACAAUGAAUAAGCUAUCUGGAACCAUUCCUGAUGCCCUUAGUAGUAUUCGUGGCCUGAAAGAGUUGUAUCUAGCUCACAACAACCUGUCUGGUUUGAUACCCUCAGGUUUACAGAAUUUAACAUUCUUGUAUGAAUUGGAUCUGUCUUUCAAUGAUCUGCAAGGUGAAGUGCCAAAAGGGGGUGUUUUUGCAAAUGAAACGUACUUUUCAAUUUAUGGCAAUGGAGAGCUUUGUGGCGGAAUACCUCAACUGCAUUUAGCUUCAUGCUCCAUGUCUACUAGAGAAAUGAAAAACAGGCAUUUGUCCAAAUCCCUUAUCAUCUCCCUAGCAUCAAUCAGUGCACUUGUAUGCUCGGUUUUAGUGGUGAUUCUUAUUCAGUUGAUGCACAAGAAGCUCAGAAAAAGGCAUGAAAGUCAAUUCAUAUCCACAAUUGAGGAACCGCAUGAAAGAGUUUCUUACCAUGCAUAUCGAAUGGGACCAGUGGUUUUUCAGAGGCCAAUUUGCUUGGACAAGGAAGCCAUGGCAUGGUUUAUAAAUGUACUUUACAUGAUGAUCAGGGAACUAUAG